AUGGAGAAGUUUAAGGAGGUGCAGGACCUGAAAUUCAAGUACCGCAGUGCGCUCAUCUAUGGCCUGGUGACCCUGCUGACAGCCAGUGGGGAGAGUAUCUUCUCUUCUAAAGUAUUCCAGUGCCCCUGCAGCACCACCUGGAACCUGCCCUACGGUCUUGUUUUUCUGUUGGUGCCUGCCCUGGCACUCUUCCUCAUGGGCUACUUGAUGAGAGCAAACUUCUGGCGUGUGUUGACCGGUUGCUGCAAACUGGGUCUCCCAGUGAGCUCUGGCACAUGCCUGCAAAAAACCAUCUUUUGCUGUCAUGUCAGCUUGGCCACAGCUCUUGCGCCUCUCACAUGGGUGGCUGUGGCACUGCUCCAGGGCACAUUUUUCGAGUGUGCCAGCAGUGGGAGUGUCUACAUUGUGCAGCAUCUGUGCUCCAAGCUCUAUGCUAAUGGCACCUAUGACUACGGCAACUGCACUGACCAACUACCAUUGGUACCCUGCAAGAAGGCCAAGGUGGCCAAAGUACAGGACCUCCUGCAAGAACUCAAGGCCUUCUCACAGGUGUCUGGCUGGGUCCUGACAGCUUUGGUUAUCAUCAUCAUUCUGAUUAGUAUAUCUUUUGCCCGAUGUUACUCUCCAGUUAGUUUUCAACAGCUGAUUUUUUGGAAAAUCUAUUCAAAAGAAGAGCAGAAGUUCUUUAACAGUGAAGCCAGAGCAUGUGCAACUAAAUUGGCAAAAAAGAAUGCUAAAAGUUUCUUUGAGUCCUCAAGUGAAAAGGAAAACACUUCAAUGGGAAAAGAGGAACACAAAUCAAGCAGUGCAGAGGUGUAUAUUCCAAGCACAGAAGACUGGCAGCAGAUUUCAUCACUAUACACUUACAGUCCGAAUUACUACAGCAUGCUACACAAAUAUGUUAAUAAAAAAGGGAAGAGUCCUAAUAGCAGAGCUUCUCAAAGAAAUCAAAGUUAUCCUUUGGACUUUGUGGAUGAACCCUUUCUGAGUGCUACUGAUACUUUAUAA